GCUGGUUGCCUUCCCCCUAGCAACCGCGGCCGUCGCGCGCACGGAGAGCGGGGCCAUGGCCAAAGCAACCACCAUUAAAGAGGCCCUGGCCAAGUGGGAGGAAAGGUCGGGUGAGAAAGCAGCUGAAGCCGUGGAAGUGAAGUUAUAUGGCCAGGUGCCACCCAUUGAAAAGAUGGAUGCGUCCCUCUCUACACUGAGUAAUUGCGAAAAGUUGUCCCUUUCAACAAACUGCAUUGAAAAGAUAGCAAAUUUGAAUGGACUAAAGAAAUUAACAAUUCUGUCGCUGGGAAGGAACAACAUAAAGAAUUUAAAUGGCCUGGAGGCAGUGGGAGAAACGCUGGAAGAGUUGUGGAUUUCAUAUAACUUGAUUGAGAAGCUUAAAGGAAUUCAUGCUAUGAGGAAGCUACGAGUACUGUACAUGUCGAACAAUCUAGUGAAGGAUUGGGCUGAAUUUGGCAAGCUGGCUGAUCUGCCUAAUCUGGCCGACCUCGUCUUCGUAGGAAACCCUAUUGAAGAGAAAUACUCGUCUGAAGGCAGCUGGGUGGAGGAAGCAACGAAGAGGCUCACUCAGUUGAAGAAGCUGGAUGGAGUCCCUGUCAUUAAACAAGUGGAAGAAGAGACUGAAGACUAACGCCCACAUCACAAUGAUUGACGUCUGAAAGAUUUCCCAAUGUUCUCCUUCACCAUUGCACUUUCUGCACCCUUCCUACACCCUUCCUAGUGACUGGACAGCAUCCCAAGUUGCUCACAAACUGUAGUUUCCAAAACAUUCCUAGCACGUUCUCUGUUGUGUUGCUUUGUGAUUUAUGUUAUUUGUUGAAGCAGUGAACUCACCUGAAUCCAGUGACCAGCAUCUAAUUAUUUUUGUUUCAACCGCUAGCAGCAAAACAGAUGCUUCAACUACAGAACGUAAUCAUUUUUAAAAAUAGUUUUGUGUAGCAAAUGCAUUAGCUUAUAAACACUUUUUGACUACAUGGUAAACAUUUGCUUAUUUGUGGUAGUACACUUGAAGUUAGUUUUUUUUAUUUUAACUUAUUUGUAAUUAUAAAUUAACUCUAGGAUGUUGUUGCAAGGCAGCUAUGGAGCUCGGGAAUGUGAUGUUACUCUUGCACUAGGACUGACCCUUGCUCUUGCUGCUUGUGUGCAGAACAGCAGCUUUUCUUCAUGCUUCUCUCGUCAAGAUCAGUCCAGUUUCUUAAGUGAUUGACUCGUUUUUGUAAAGUGCUUUUUAUCCAUUUUAUACAAAAUUAUUUAUCAGAGGAUGUUGUACUUGUAUGUGCUAUCUUGUGAAAAAUGAUUUAUUCUGGUAACUAUUAAAGAUAAUUAACUUUC